AAUUAUUUUUAGAAGGGGGAAGUUAAUGGACACUGUAUUGCACGGAGACAUCGGGGCGUCCCGGCUCCCGGAGCCAGUUUAUUAUGAGAGACGAUCCGGCCGCAAAGCAAACAGGAAUAAAGAGACAAAAACUCAAAAAGUAGCCUUUAAAACCGUCACACAGCGUCAGAUAAUGAGAUAUAAAUAAAAGCUGUAAAAGGUAGGGAACUUCCAUUUACACUAUACGGUAGAGACACUCCGCAGUUUCACUUUCGUUAGUGGUGAUGAGCUGCAGGUCAUUUGCAACAGUUAUUUCUCCUUAUUUUUAGACUCUCCGAUGGUACCUGUCAAGAACGCGGACUGUUUCUGACUGCAGGGCAAAAACUGCGACGAGCAAGCUUGCUUUUCUGACAAGACCCGGAGUUUGCAGGCGUUUCUUGUUUCGUCAAACGUACAACACAUACUGUGUGGGUUUUAAUAUGCCAGAAAUUUCCAUUGAUGAGGUUGCGUUACACAUGCUAAAACCAGACUUCGGAACGCGUUCUUGCUAGUUUAUAAUACGAAAUUCAAUGUGUGUCAGCAACACAAAAGCAUUUAUUUAUACCACCGCCCUGCUGCGCAUUUAAAUAGGGAAAGUGAACUGUAAAACAGCAUGCAAAUGGUUAUUUUGAAAAUGUAUGUACAAAACCGGGCUUACAACGAGGAAAGCGCCCCUUGAAGUGGUAUUGGCUUUAAGGGAAUGAAGUAUACCGCCAGCUACGAUAAUGUACCUAAAAAAUAAAAAGUCCCGAGAGAGCAAUACUUCCCACGGUCAGGAGUAACUCAAUAAUAUUAUUGAGGGGGAGGGGUAGCAGCAUUUCCAGUAAAGAAAACGCAUCAAGGUAAAGCAAAUCAUCUACCAAAAAGCGGGGGAAUUUAAAAAGAUUGUACAGGUUGUAGUUGAAGAUUAAAGCGUGCUUCUGUUGUCAUUUAAUGGCAGCGUGUCCUGAAAACUGGGCUUUCCCGAAGAAGCACGGCCUAAUUUGCAUAGCCCCGCCCCUUCGUAUUAAACCAAUGACGCCACGAGGUCAUGCCGUCAUACCAAGAGUGAACAGCUUUGCUAGCGGUCAUUACUCUGGAGCUGCUUCUUCCCUGCUGAGUGCACCUUUCGUUUUUAUUUAUUUUUUUAAACAUCUGUCCACGAUCUUUGUGAGGAGAGCGACCCCCCCACCCCGCACCAGACAGUCACCCCACCUGCCAGGACCUGCCUCUUUAUCUCGGGAAGUGGCAAGCAAGCCCGCACGUGCGCAGUCGGGAUUCUCGGAGCGCGGGAGGGGUACGGAAUGCGGAGCAGCGACAUGGGGGUGACCUGGGGGCUCCUGCUGCACCUGCUGGCGGCGGUGGUCCUGCUCACGCGCGGCCGCGCGGAGGACGUGGGCUGUAAGAAGUGGACACCCAGUGAGAAAGACCAAGGCCAGGUGUGCUGUGAAGAGUGCCACAGAGGGCACCAUCUGUCCUACCUCAAAUGUGGGCGCGAACCCAAGAACCUGUGCCUCCCGUGUGAGAAGAACACCUACGCGCCCUCCAGCUCCUGCAACUUCUGUCUGAAGUGUUCCACCUGCACAGGUAAACAGCAAGUGAAAGAAAACUGCACAGCAGACAAGAACACCGUGUGCACGUGUGUGGAGGGGUACCGCUGUGGAGAUGAGCAUUGCUCAUACUGCGUCAAGGAGUGUGGGAAGGGCGAGGAGCCAGUUAAAAGGACCUGCCAGCCUUGUCCCCACGGGACCUUCAACGACCAGAUGCAUAGGGAGUGCAGGAAAUGGUCCCAGAGCUGCAAUAAUAGCCAGGUGAUUGUUCAAGAAGGCACGGACAAGACUGACAUUGUGUGCGGACCCCCUCCAGUCACAGUGAUGUCGACGGCCAGUCCCAGCAUCAUCACCCUGCCUUCAAUCCCAAGACCAGAUGGAACAGAGAGACUCGCAGCCCUGAUAGCAGCCAUGUGUCUGGGCCUGGGCGCCUUCAUCAUGGUCACCAUCUGCAUCCUGGCCAACCGCAGGAAAGGCAGCAAGGAGCCCCUGCCAGAGUCUUCCCAGCGUGCCGUGCGAGAGGAGGAGGACUGCUGCAGCUGCCACGGCCCCCAGCAGGAGCAGGGCAGCAGCAUGGAGUCGGUGGACUCCGAGACCAAGCUGGUGUGACGGGGCGAGGCUGGCAGGGACCAAGUGGGCAAACUGGAAUUUCUCCCCGCCCCCUUCCACUGUCCUUACUGGGUCGAGCUGGGCUGUGCGUCAGGGAGCAAGGUCGAGGUAGAUCCGGACCAGACGUGUGUGUGCGCGUGCGUGCGUGCGUGCGUGUUUCCUCACUGAUGUGGCAGGUGACCGUGUUCCAGCCACGAGUUUCACAGGUUGAGCUUGGGCUACACCAUGCGCCACACCUUAUGGACUUCCUCGUACCGGCUCUGUCUGGACAGCUUGUAUGCAGGAUUGGUGCUUCUACCUGAUCCUUUCAGGUCAAGAGAAUUGCUCUGUGGACAGUGGGCGGGGAGAUUCAACAGGAUUUCAGAAUUGUUCAGCUUGUGUUCCUGUGCAGUAGGGGGUGGGGUAAGAGUUCCUGCUGGUAGUACUGAACUCCUCUAAUAUUUAUUGCAAUACUAAUGUAGCCAAAAAAUGUACCCUGUCUUCUUCUCCUCUCCUGGAGGGCGGCUGUGUCCACAGGUUUUCACUGCAGCUCGGCUCUUAACCAGGCAUUCGACCUCAUUCCUGGCCUCGGUAGAGCAGUGCAGCAGCUGCUCCUAGCUCUUCAGGAGCUGCUCAUUUAUAGCAAGAUAGAAAUCCUGCAGGACUGAAUCCCAGUCCUGGAGGUGGGCAGCCCUGUUUUAGGAGUGUUACUGGGGACUUUGACUCUUGACUGGUGCUUCUUACAAUUUACAGUUUAAAAGGCAUAAGCAGUCAGCUACCCUGAAGCAGAGUUGCCCAUAACAGAUGAAACCAUCUUCUUCACGUGCUGAAUUUAUUUAAGAAACUGCGCUGUCGUACUUUAAUGUGCUUUGGACUCCCUUAUUCCACAUUCAAGGGCACAACAUAAAGUUUUGUAAGUUCAUGCAUUUGCAUUUGCAUUUGAAACACUGUGAAUUUUGACAUGCCAGUACCACUCACUAAGGAUUUAAUCAGCCACAACCAGCAAAGAUAAGCCUGAUUCCAAUUUUAAUUACCAGCCAGUUAAAUGAGAAGCAGUUUUUUUAAUCAUUUGUUGUAUAAGGUAGACUUUCUCCUGUCCUUAGUGUAGGAACAUCCGUCCUUUCUGAGAGUCCUAGCUGAGUUCCUAACCUGCAUUCCAAAGGCACACGAGUCCAGAAGCUCUGUAGUUAAAGUUCAAUGUACUGAAUGCCUGUCCUGACCCUGACAUUCUAAUUAUUGUUUUAAGUGGAGUAACGUUUGGAUAAUGGCCGAGACCCUCGAUGUGCUGAUUAAAUCGUUUUUCGACUUGAUGGACCCUGUUCAUCAGGGUGUGACCUUCUGGUUACUGCCACCUCACAACUGUGAGCAGGAGGAGGAGUAGAGAAAACCACGAACAGGCGAGUUUGGGUAGAGCUGUGGGGGGGAAAAAGAAGUCUCGAGCACAGCUUAAAACUUCGUAUCACCAUUUCAGAUAAACCACACCUCACAGUUUUGUUGUGCAUCCUGCUGAGACACUAUCUCAUUUCUGAGUGUGGUGAUUAACACUGCAGCACCUAACUGUAUUUUUAUCACUUUGUCUACUACGGGGAAGGAGCUGAUAAAGUAUCUCUGUAGGUACUGCGAGGAAAGCAUAGUCGUCCUACAAGUUUUACUGGAUUGGAAAUGGAGUUUCCACUUUUCUAAGUACUAUAAAUCAGGGUUAAGACAAAGGCGUCAAGAAAUUGAAAAUGUGAGCUAUUAAUAGAAUGUGUACUAUUCAGUGGUGGGUUUUUUUUAAGAGGCGGGGAAUGUCUCAGUUUUGCACUGCACUGAAAAAAGGAAAGCUUGAUCAGUACACUGUUUCCAGUCAGAGCUACAUGUCUUGUCAAUACCCUGAAGCCAUCAGCCGAGCGCAGGGCUGGCUGUUGGCGCUGCCAGCCUUCCCGCUGCCCUGUCAGCUCAGCACGUGCGCAGGCAGCGCUGGGGUGGGCGGGGAAGCUGGAAACCACAAGCCGUCUCCUCAGCGCGAAGGCUUCCUGGCUCUGCGUCACAUUCGCCCGUGCAUUUCAGCAUUCCUGAAACACGCCCUGGGGCUGGGGUUCCCCCUGAGCACGGACACGGGGCUCCGGCCAUGUUCCGGAGGGGACUCCUUUCUGAGGGAUGUUUUGGUGAUGAUUGGACGCUGAAGUGUCAGGGUGUUUAGCCACGGUUAAAUGAGGGAUACCUCCACUGACCGAAAGGGGCAGCUGGCUUAUGAUUGGAGAACCGGAACAGAAGUGCCAGGAAUGGUCACCAUUUCCUGCAAAUCUGAGGGUUGGAAUCUGGAUGGGUCUGCAGGUAGUUGUGCAAGAUCUACAACCGAGUGAAAUGUAAUGGACAGAAGCGUCGUACACAAGCGUUGUUUUUCCAAUUACUCGUCACGGGAGCAAUUCCCAACUGUAGCCGCACAGAAGCUUGACAGGGCAUGACACUCAUGCAGAUGGCAGACAGUUACACAAUGGGAUUGUAUUAGGACAGGCCUCUGGUUGUUCAGAACAGGUUGUUCUGUAUUACCCUCCAGGUGUGGGGUUUGGGUUUCAGCCCUGUUGUACAAGCAGGAAAUGACACUUUGGAAUACACUUACAGUAUUACAGCUCAUAAUGCGAUUUCCCCACUUAUCCUCAUGUGAAACCUAAUCCAUCCUGAGCA